UUGUUUCAAUGUCAAUUGCCAGCUGCAGUUGAUACUAUCAUAGAAUGUUUUGUUUAUCUCUGACUUAAAUUUAAAAUUUUACUUUUUACAUAUAUUUACAGAAAUUUGGGAAUUUCUUUUAAUAUUGAUUCAUUUUUUGUAUAACCAUUAAGGAAUUAUGUGUUUACGAAAUUGUCUGAUAACUGUUUAUUGCAAACUUCUCGGUUUGCGUUUAUUCGCAUAACCUUAUCACAGAUUCAUAUAAAAUGAUAACAAAUACAUUUUAAAACACUUAAAAAUGGUAGAAAACGAUAGAAUAAUAGAACACGAGAACGUAAACGGCGUUGGUUUGCUAUUAAAAGUGGACAAAAGCAGCGGUUCUCCAAAUUCCCGACACUUCACUAUAUCUUUCAAGAAUAAACAGAAUAGAAAAUCCUGGAUUAAAACAUCAUUAUUUUUAGCCAUAUUGAUGAAUAUAAUAGCAUUAUGUUAUGUGCACAUUAAUCUCACAGCAAUAUUAAUCAUAAUAAUUGUGUUAUCAUUCUUGGUAUUCUUUUGGAUAACUCACAGUGUGCAGUCUGAAAGUCUAUUAAUUGUACCUACAGUGGGUAUACAGAGUACCGUAAAAUAUGUAAUUGGUAGGGAAGAAAAUUUUGUUCCAUGGUCCAGUGUGGAUGAUGUUAUUAUCAAUGAAGUCAUUAAAUUGAAUCGAGUGCUGUACUAUCUUACAAUUUUGGUAAAAACAAAUCAGUCGAGUCAAGAUGCAGAAACAAUAAAAUUAAUGCCUUUAUUUAAGUAUACAAAACCAAGACUGCGUAUGUUAGAGACAGUAUACUCAGAGUUGCAAACGCUACUAACCGAGAUAAAUGGUGACCACACAGCUAAAGGAUCGGGAGAUACGAGAUGAAGAUUAUUCUGGUAUACCCAUUUGAGAAGCCAUGAUAGGAUGUAUUGGAGCCGAGUAUAGACUCGAUUUGAUAGAGAAUUAAACAUUGCUUAACGAUGGUUGAGGAUGUGGAAGUAGAGGGAUUAGUAAUCCUAUAAUAUGUAUUCAGCUUAGAUUAUAUAGAUAGAGCAUCGAAUAUCAAAAACCGGUCAACUUUUUGUCAGCUAAUUGUCAAAUUUGUUGAUUCGUUUUCUUUUAUUAUUGUACCAUACUUACUUACGCACGCGGCGUAUCCUGACGUAUAAAAUAAAUAUAGAAGUUCUAAAGUAAUCACUCAUAAUUAUUUAUCACGCAACAUUGUAUCAAAAAGUUGACUCGCGUGUUUUGAAGCAUUUGAAUGGAGACACUCCAUCUAUAUAACCUAAGGUAUUUAGUUUGUUCAGGAUGGAUAUAAUCCAUCUAGUUAGGGAAUAUCAUGCUGGUAGAGGAUGAUUUCAAAUCUUGGGCUAUUAUCAUGCAGUAAAGUCGGCAAUUAUUGUCGGCAAAGUGUUUGAAGCGUUUUCAUGAACACGACAUUAGGUUUUCGAGCUAAAUCGAGUUAAAGAAAAGAUCAGUUACUUCAAAUACCUCAUAAACAUUUGAACUUUAUGAACAAGUUACUCAUUUUAAGGUAUCCUAUAGGAUUAUGGUGUUAUGCCUCCAUAUUAUACCCUUCAAAUCGAAACAUAGUUUUCGAUUUUGAUAAAUUUUCAGAUUUUGAUAAAUGUAGAUAUGCAUCAUAAUCAGGUAUACAUUUGAUGUUUAAAAUUCUUGUUAUAAAGUCAUCUUUUACCUUUUUUCCUUGCCUUCGAAUAUCCCAUAUAUAAUUUGCACAUUGUUUCACAUGUUUUACAAUAACAUAUAUUCUAUAACUAGCUUUUACUUGCGGCUUUGUCCGCAUAUGUUAAUAUAAUAAUGUUUGUACAUAUGAUAAUGUUUAUUUGUAUGUAUAUAUUUGUAUACACUUGUGUGUGAUGGUGUGAAUAGCUUUAACCAUUUAAUUCCUAUUUAUAUUGAAAUAAUAUUGUAAACAUACUAUUUCAGUAAAAGGAAAAUAUAAAAAUUAAGAAGAGGUAUUACCACACUAUCAAACAUUAUUGUGAAGAUAUACAGUAAAUAGCUCAUGUCAGAAAUACUCAUACAAACUCGUUAAAUUAAAUUAAAAAAAAAUUUACAAUCAAAUGUGUUAGACAUGUGUAUAGUAGGUAUAAGACAUGCUUAAAAUUUUGAGAAUUUGGAUAUAACCAUAGUUUAAUAUAAAAAAAUAUGCAUUUGUUAACAUUAAUAUUAAGAAUUAUAUUCUUUGGUAAUUUUUAUGUUACAAAAGAACCCAUCGUUUGUAUUUUAGUUACGGGUUCUAUAACUCCAUGACUUAAUGUAAAUAUUUCAAAAGUAGUGUCCGACCGAAACAGGUUUUACAGCCGAAACCGAAACCGAACUUUCGGCUUUGGUCUGAGUUUCGGCCGAAACCGAAACCUACUAAAACAUAUUUAAAAUUUUUCUUCUAUACUGAAAUCUAUCAUAGAAAUAUGUCAUAUAUAUUCGUUACAUACGGAAACUAAGGCCGAAAGUAGAAUUUCUGGCCGAAACUAGCCGAAACCAAAACCGAAACCGAAAGUUCGGCCGAACACUAUUCAAAAUUCUAAAUAUUUAAAUUUAUUUUAGCUAUUAAGUGAUUUUUUUUGUUAUAAGUCUACAUUAUUGUAAUAUUCCACUAAAUAUUCUUGUUCAUAAUAUGUGUUUGCUCAAGAUAAUUUGUAUAAUUGUAAUAUUACAUUCCAUAUUAAAAAUUAUACGAACAAAUAAAUAAA